AUGACUGAGUCAGGAACGGUGACUAAGUCAUUAGCUUUUGCAAAGAACCCAUUCAAGACCAAGUCUGGUGCGUGUGGGACUGUGAUCAGAAACGCCGAGAUGAAAGUGGUUGACACCAUAACUGGAGUCUCCUUACCACGCAACAAACCCGGCGAAAUAUGCGCCCGAGGUGAUCAACUCAUGAAAGGUUAUCUGAAUGAUCCGGAGGCUACUGCUACAACAAUAGACAAAGACGGAUGGUUACACACAGGAGAUAUUGGGGAACUUAUCAAAUUCAAAGGAUAUCAAGUAGCUCCAGCUGAGCUUGAAGCAUUGCUUAUUUCUCAUCCUCAUAUUGAAGAUGCUGCAGUUGUCGCAUCAGAAGGGUCUCAGUUAAUUGAAGAUGAUGUCAAGAGUUUUGUCAACAAACAGGUGGUUCAUUACAAGCGAAUCAAGAUGGUGUUUUUCAUAGAAGCUAUACCAAAAGCAGUGUCCGGAAAGAUUUUGAGGAAGGAACUCCGAGCUAAACUGGAACUUGAGUACCCUAAAUAG